AUGAUCAAGUUUGUAUUGAUGGUUAACAAACAGGGUCAAACAAGACUCUCCCAAUAUUACGAAUACAAACCAAUAUCUGAACGCGUUGCGCUGGAGGGUGAACUCAUACGACGGUGUUUAUCAAGAACAGAAUCCCAAUGUUCAUUCGUCGAAUUUCGUCAAUAUAAAGUCAUUUAUCGGCGAUACGCUUCAUUAUAUUUCAUUCUUGGCGUUGAUCAAGAUGACGUUAACGAAUUAGCGGCCCUGGAACUCAUUCACGCUCUGGUUGAAACCCUUGAUAAAUAUUUUGAGAAUGUUUGUGAGCUCGAUAUUAUGUUCAAUCUUGAAAAGGCACAUUUCAUAUUAGAUGAAAUGAUUGCUAAUGGCUGUGUUGUGGAUACAAACAAGUCAAAUGUUCUAGCACCGAUCUACUUAAUGGAAAAAGCAGCAAAUGCAAGCUGA